UAUGUGGACUUUCUGUUUAUCAAAUUAAUUGAAAUUUUAUUUCCACUUUCCUGAAAAUGCCAUUCAGACGCUCUCUCUGUACGCAGGCCGCCGCCCGCCACCGUCGGCGCAUCCAAUGGCCGGUGAAGCAAGUGACAAAAUCCAACUUCUCGGAGGCUUUAGCAGAAAUCAAGGCCUGCAUAUUGAAUUCCGACUAUGUAGCGGUUUCGUUUAAACAAACCGGCGGCCACUCUGCGCCGUGGCACAAGAUUCUCCCCAUUGAUACGGCGGAGACGGCUUAUUUCAAGGCCAAGCACGCUGCCGAGCGGUUUCAGAUCCUCCAGUUCGCUGUCUGCCCGUUUUCAGUUAAAGCAUCUAAGCUAAUUGCCCAUCCGUAUAACUUCCAUUUGUUUCCCAGGGAUGAGUUGAAAGUUGGGAUGCCAUCUUAUAGUUUUUCAUGCCAAUCAUCAUAUUUGACCGCUAUGGCACAAGAAGGUUUUGAUUUUAACGCUUGCAUAUACAAUGGUAUAUCAUACUUGUCCAAAGCACAAGAAUCAGCUACAAACGUUCAAAUUGGACAUUUGUCACCUAGCAGCUGCACAGUACAUUCUUCAUCAGUUCAUUCAGUUGCUGAUUCUCUAUUUACAGAAAGGAUCAGAUCUCGAGUUAAGAAUUGGAUACGUGCUUGUAAAGAUUCUAAUAAAACUGAGGAUGCUUUGAUAAGUUCUUUGAGAAAACUUAUAUCAGGAAGCGAAGUUUAUGGUUCCAGGCCAUCCUUGAAUAUAGAUGUGUGCAGCGAAUGUCAAAUCAAGCUUGCAUUAGAGACAUUGAAAGAGUUUGUUGAUGUUGUACCAUUACAACUUCCAAAAAGAGGAGCAGGGGUGCAGGCUGUUCGAGCUGUUUUGACGAGUUCACAAGAAGACAAGAACCUUCUUGAGAAGGAACUUCAACAUAUGGAACAGGAGCAAAGAGAACGUGUUCUUGGCUUCCGAGAGGUGAUAGACUUGAUUUCGACGUCUCAAAGACCCGUUGUUGUGCACAACUCACUUAAUGAUUUUGCUUUUAUACAUUCAAAGUUCCUAGCUCCGCUUCCGUUAACUAUGGAUGAAUUCAGAAGUUCUUUGCAUUUGAUCUUUCCUCACAUACUUGAUGUCAACCAUCUUAUGAAGGAAAUUGGCCCGUUUGAGAAAAUGAAUAACAUGCCAGCAGCCAUUUCCUAUUUGGAAAGGAGGUUUUCUGGAUCAAUAGACAUGGACAUUUCUAGUCAAGCAGACACUGAUAAAGUCAAUAUUCAUGGGCAUAAUGUUCUGAGAGUAUGCCAUUUGUUUGUUAAAUUAUGCUCCAUACUGAAAAUUUCUCCAGAGGUUCCUGAAGAUGGUCAAAGCCAUUUGUCUCCUUCCCUUCCACGACAUUCCAAUAUAUUUAAUCCCUGCUCAAGUAAUUCCACAAAUCCUAUUGAAGAUGAUGUGAGAAUUUGGACUGGCAACAGCAGAACAAUUAGCAUUAACAAUUUGGUGUUCUUAUGGGGGUUCGAAAGUGGAAUAUCCGCCCGAAGUCUGAAAGACCUUCUGUGUGAUACACAUGAUGUCUUCUCUGAGGAAUUUGAUGUUCGGAUGCUGGAUAGGACAUGUGCAGUAGUUGUUUUCUGGACUCCUGGUUUCGCAGAAUGUUUUCUCAGAAUAAUUGAUUCUGGAGAAAUUAUAUCUACUAAGCUGACAGGUUUGAUCUCUGGAGGCCUAAAAGCUGCAGGCUAUGAGACAUACAAAAGAGUAUGCGAGUCAGGUUUACGGAAAUCAGAUUUAGCAGACUGCUUAGACCAAGCCAUGGAUGAAACUGAAAUCCUUUCAGGAACCGUCAAGUCACAGCAGGAGCAACCAGUGAUAUACUGGAAUAAUGAUGAAAUGAUCAAUCUCAAUGACCUUUGAUAGUCGCAGUUUCGCAUUGCAUGUCCCAGGAAAGGGAGAGCCAUAGUUUACCCAAUCGAUCAAUCCUAUAUUUUGGUUGAGGCAAUGCUUGGAAGAGGUAUCCACCCAAACUCUGCAACAGCAAGACACAUUAUGAUCUCCAGUUUCGAAAGAUCAAUUUUGAGGGGAGCUACUUGGCUGAUCCAGGGAGCUGUUGGGCCGUCAACAUCUCCAAACAUUCAUCAGGUGGGACCCAUAGCAAUCACCACCUGAUGUAUGGUGAGGUUGUCCUUGGACAAGUACUACUCAAUUUCUAGCAUCCAUGUUUCCCAUAUUCUCAUGUGACUGGUGAAGGAAUAUCUGAUCCUUGAAUGAUUGAGGCCGUGCACGACGCCGCACAGUAAGCCUAAGCCGAAAGGCAAGAAGGCAUGUCGGGCACGCCGUACGGGAGAACGGCCAGGUGUCGGCAUAUCGAUUGGGCCUCGGACUUAUGAUGAUGUCCUACUCGGGCGAGACAUGGAAGGCGGCCAUCGAGGGCGAGCGCCUAGGAUGUACCGAGUGUGUUGGAUAAGAGACGGGCGUUGCGUGCGCAAGCGUAGUGCCGUAAUGCCGAAGCGGAGCGAGGAUGCUCCUUAGCUUCAGGAUUCGGGCAACUGGAUGCCAUUGAGGGAAGACAUUUCGUAUUAAGUCCUGGAGAAGCUGUAUAAUCACAAUACAUCAUCCUAGGGGCUCUUUCCUCUCUUUGGGUUUUUAGCAUUUCUAUACCUGCACUUGAGACUGAGGGCUACACUGCCAGUUUUCUGUCAAACUCGAACCAAAUCUAACCCAUUGAUAGUUCUAAAGUGUACCAGCAUCAGAAUGUUCAUUGGAUAUGAGAGUUGUUUGUAGAGAAACUCGGCGUGCUUGAUUUGUAAUUGGGAGUAUGUAUCUGCAAACGACAUCGGAAAAUGGCCCUUGAACAGAGGCAUCACAAUUUGUCACAUUCCAGUUCGAGCAUGUUGGGAGGGAAGCAUGCAACUGCUACUGGACUUUGAAGUUGUUAUAGCUUUUGAUGAUUUCCUUUGAAUAAUUGAGGGGUUGAAGUACAUCUAAGCCUUCACCCUGAUAACUCCCUCUUAAUGAAUAUCAACAACAGUAUAUGAAGUUAUUCAGUUUGCACUGUGAAACUUUGGAGAGAGGGAGGGAAGGAGGUCCUUUUAGUAUGUAAAGUGGUAAAAGUGCUCAAAACAAUUUCUACUCCAAGCA